GCCAAUCAAAUCUACGGAAAGAUGGUUACGUCAUGCGGAAGUGUAUCGCUAUUGGCUGCUUCUUUGUGCUGAAGCGAAUCAGGUCUGUGUACAGACCAUCAGUGAAGUGUCUGAAGUCCAGCUGUGUGCUGAUCAGGAUGGACCUGGUCCUGAAUUUUGCCGACUCUCAUUUCUUCAGUCCGUAUGUGUACCUGACCUCCUGGCCUGAAGAUGAGCCCCUUCGACAGAUUAUUGGGCUGCUGGUGGUCACUAACCUUGGCGCUGCAGUUUUGUAUCUUGGCCUGGGAGCUUUAAGCUACUACUUCAUCUUUGACCACAAUUUAAUGAAACACCCUCAGUUUUUAGAGAACCAGGUGAGACGUGAAAUAAAGUAUGCUCUGACAUCUUUGCCAUGGAUCAGCAUUCCUACAGUUGCACUGUUCUUCGCUGAAGUACGAGGUUACAGCAAGCUCUAUGACAAUGUUAAUGAAUCUCCACUGGGGUGGCCAGGACUGAUCUGUAGUAUGUUCUCCUUCCUCCUUUUUACUGAUAUGUGCAUCUAUUGGAUUCACCGAUUCCUGCAUCACAAACUGAUCUAUAAGCAUUUCCAUAAACCUCACCACAUCUGGAAGAUCCCGACUCCGUUCGCCAGCCAUGCUUUCCACCCCGUAGACGGCUUUCUUCAGGGCCUGCCCUACCACAUCUAUCCUUUCCUCUUCCCCCUGCACAAGGUACUCUACCUGGGCCUCUAUGUGUUUGUUAACAUAUGGACCAUCUCCAUUCACGAUGGUGACUACUGGGUCCCACGGCUGCUGGAGAAAUUCAUCAACGGAGCUGCUCAUCAUACUGAUCACCAUCUGUUCUUCGACUAUAACUAUGGUCAGUAUUUCACGCUUUGGGAUCGCCUAGGAGGCUCGUACAGGCAUCCAUCAGCUCUAAUGGGGAAAGGGCCGCUUGAGUGCAUCAGGAACCUAAAGAGCUCAUUAAUCAAGAAUGCUAAUGGUAAAGAAGAGUAGCUUGCCAACGUCAUAACACUGUUCCUUCAGAAACAUCGACAUCCUUAAACAAGCCUUUAUGUUUUAAGGUGUGUCUUUUGCAUCAAUGAAAUGUGCUCUUAAGCUUCUAGAGCAGGGGUUCUCAAACAUUUUGCAGCCCAAAACUUAAAAAAAAAAAAAAAUGUGAACUAGCUGUAAACUGGAUUCAAACUUUGCACUCUCAGAACACAUUUUUAUUAAAACUGUCUUUCCAUUUAUUAUUACAGUCCUGCAUGUUUUUGGGUUACAGAUUUCUUUCUUUAAACCCAUCACAUUCAAGCAAUCAGGAAAAUAUCCUAUUAACUUUAAAAACAGAUACUGAAAGAAAUACAAAUAAAAUCAGAAGAUUUAUGCCCAGGUCAGACGGCAGGCUGCAACUAGUUUUCAACUACUUGCGUCUACCUGCAAUAACAAAAUCGCAGGUAGAUGCAAGACUGGUCUUGCAUCAACGCAUGACAACGCAGAUAAUGGCAGAGUGUUGCAAAGGGUCUUUAGUAGAGGCAGGUUGACGCAAAUGGAUCACAAUCUGUUCGCAUUUCAGCUGCGAUUCGCUUCCAAUCGGUGCAAAUAGCAGGUUGACGCAUGUAGAAGGCAGGUCUUCAUCUGGAUGGCAGAGGACUGGAGGGGAGGAGCCGACAGGAGAAAUACAGGAAUGGGUAAUUAGAGAAAAAACGGAGAUUAGAGAUCAGCUGCCAAAUGAGCGCAAAAGGAAAAAAGCAUGAUGGAGUCCAGAAACGCAGCCCCACAAUCAGAAAGAGCUCUCAGUUCAAAGAACAUUCAGAAGUUCAAAGCGCUUCCGCGUCGGGAAAACAACACGCUCACAGUCCCAAUAAAAGAUAUCCACAGAAGAGCGAAAUUCUCCACAGUGCGCAGCAAAGUAACAAAAUAGAGUACAAAAACCAGAGGGGAAAGGGGGCGAAAAACCAUGUCCUGAGGCGAAGACAAUCCCGCGCUGAAUGAAUAUCCGAGUGGUAUAAUAUAGAGUUGUGGAUGAGCUGAUGAGAGACAGGUGUGCUGGCCUCAGUGCGGGGAAAGCUCGGGGGAAAACCAGGGAAUGGGGUGAAACAUCCGAUAAGAACCUAGAUGUUCCCGGCUGGCUCGUGACAAGAUUCAGCUUAAAAACUCUGCGUCUUGUAAUACAUCUGACCACAAUGAAGGAUUUGACGCAAAAUGCCUGCAUCCACCUGCGGUUGGUUGCCACCUGACUGAUCACGGGUUGCAGCAUGCGUCUUUCUGCCAUCUGACCUGGGCAUUAAAGAAAGAAAUCACAGACCCCUGGAUGUGCUUCACUGACCCUUUUGGGGAUCCAGUUUUAAGAACUAAGGCUCUAGAUGAAUCCCUGAGUUUGAAAAGUAGUAUAUCAGCUUGAGGGCGGCACGGUGGUGUAGUGGUUAGCACUGUCCCCUCACAGCAAGAAGGUCCUGGGUUCAAGCCCAGUGGCUGACGAGGGCCUUUUUGUGUGGAGUUUGCAUGUUCUCCCCAUGUCUGUGUGGUUUUCCUCUGGGCGCUCUGGUUUCCCCCACAGUCCAAAGACAUGCAGGUUCGGCUAAUUGGUGGCUCUAAAUUGACCGUAGGUGUGAGUGUGAAUGAUUUUGUCUCUAUGUGUUAGCCCUAUGAUGACCUGGUGACUUGUCUAGGGUGUACCCCGCCUCUCACCCAUAGUCCGCUGGGAUAGGCUCCAGCUUGCCCACGGCCCUGCACAGGAUAAGCGGCUACAGAUAAUAGAUGGAUGGAUGGAUGGAUGGAUGGAUGGAUAUAUAUGUUUGAAUACACUUUUUUCAAUGUGUUGCCAAAUACACACUGAUCAGCCAUAACAUUAAAACCACCUGCCUAAUAGUGUGUAGGUCCCUCUUAUGCCGCCAAAACAGUUCUGACUCAUCGAGGCAUGGACUCCACAAGGCCUCUAAAG